CGGCCGCCUGCUUCCGCCUGCGCCGAACUUGCACCCGCACAACGCACAACGCACAACAUGGUCGCCCAGUGGCCAGCCAUAAGACCAGCAUGAGGUUGACAGUUCCGAGGGCAUCGACCCUCUGCCGGGGCAGCCAAGGUGCCUGCAAGGCCGCCACUGUCGGCGUCGCGACGCGCAGCCCUCAGCGAUCCUUUUCCGUCCUCAACAGGCCCCCGCCAAACUACCCGGGCCACGUGCCACUGACACAUGUCGAGCGCGCAGGGCUGGCGAUUGGCUCCGGAAUCAUGUCGCUGGUGAACCCGUACCGUGGAGACCUCAUCGCCGCCUUCGCCGAGGCCACCUCCACGCCCUACUUCAUCCCGCGCCUCCGCGACGCCAUGCUGCGCUCCCCGACGGGGCGCCGCAUGCUGCGCGACCGCCCGCGGCUGACGUCUGCGUCGUUGGACCUCCCUCGCCUGCGCUCGCUGCCGGCCAACACAGUAGGGCGGACGUACGUGGGGUGGCUGGACCGCGAGGGCGUGACGCCGGACUCGCGGUCUGCGGUGCGGUACAUCGACGACGAGGAGUGCGCAUACGUCAUGCAGCGCUACCGCGAGUGCCACGACUUCUACCACGCGCUGACGGGGCUGCCCAUCGUGCGCGAGGGCGAGGUCGCGCUCAAGGCCUUCGAGUGGGCCAACACGGGCCUGCCCAUGACGGGGCUCAGCAUGUUCGCCGCCCUCACGCUCAAGAGGAGCGAGAGGCGCCGCUUUGCGUCCGUCUACCUGCCCUGGGCGCUGCGCAACGGAUGGCGCGCAGAGGAGGUCAUCAAUGUCUACUGGGAGGAGGAGCUCGAGAGCGACGUCGACGGGCUGAGGGCCCGGCUGGGCGUCGAGCAGCCGCCUGACCUCAGGGCCAUCCGGAAGAGGGAGAGGGAGGAGAAGAAGCGGCUCAAGGAGCUGAGGGCGGCUGGGGAGGGGGAGCCAGUGCUCAGUGUAUAGCACCGUAGAUGCGGGCACCAUCACAUCAUCCUCACUGAACCAAUCAAUACCGCACCCGGGAACCAACACCGGGGAACCAACA